CAUCCCUGCGCGACGGCCGUAGCGGUGCCUCGAUGCGCCCAAACUCCGGUCUGCACGAGAGCGAGAGAGCCAUGGCCAGUGCAGCACCACCGCCAGAGCCUGCUGCCUGCUUGCCUGCCACCGCUACGCCAAAAUGCCCAGGGUGUGCGGGCCUCGACGCACAGCUCGACAGGUGCACAGGUGCAACGCGGCAGGGGUCGAGGCUAUGGGCGUCGUCGACCACCACGACGUUAAGCCCACAGUCUAUUUACGCACAUGCUGCUCGUUCGCACAUGCUGGCUGCCUGCUUGCCUGCCUGCCAUCAAAUAGUACCCCAACCGGCGAGUUACUCACUAUCUAUAUCUGCUCCCCCGUCCCUCCCGAGUCCCUUUCCACAACAAGAUAUAUAUCCAUCCUUCCAUCCCCCCCUCCAUCCAUUCCCUCAUCCUGCUCCUCUCACCUCACCCACAUACCACCUACCUUGCUUGGUCCACAUACCCUCCCUCCUUCAUACACAUCCCCACUUCUAUUCACCACAACAACAGCAAUAACAACCACCAUCGUCGUCAUGCAUAGACACGCCGCCUACCAGUAUCCCGCCGCUCCCACUGCCCCUGCUCCCACACGAUACAGCGGAACUUCAAGUGCUUUCUCCGCCUCGGCCAACCCAAACGAAGACUGGACCAAGAUUUCAGAUCUAGCGGAGCGUCGUCGAAUCCAGAACCGCAUUGCCCAGCGUAACUACCGCAAGAAGCUCAAGAAGAGGCUCGAAGACUUGGAGCGUCGUGCCGCCAGCAGCUCAGCUUCGCCUGAGCCAAAGCCUGCUCAGCUGGCCGCAUCUCAGCGUUCUCCUCGACAAGUAUUCCCUCCUUCGCCCGCCUCAUCAGAGUCGGAUUUCCGUAGGACCCCGGAAGCUCCCAACCACUACGCUCACGAGGAGCACAUGUUUGGCCGCCAGUACACAGACCGUCAACUCUCCACCUCACCUCCUCCCUUCUCUUACUCCACCUACCCAGCGCCAGAGACUGCUUCCUACCCACUGCCGUACACGACGACCGCCGCUACUCCCUACCACUCGGUCCCCACCUCCAUCUCACCAGAGAUGACCACCUACGCUGGCUACCUUCCACCCAUCUCUGCUGCCUACCCCACCACUCUUCCCAGCCUCUCGCAGCCUGUGAAGAGCGAGUACUACCCCGAAGACGACAUCGUCCCCCACCCGUUCGCUUCUGGUUACCAACUCAUGGGUGGCAUGGAGGCUCAUCCUCAUCACCCUUAUUCUGAAAACGAUGCUCAUACAUCACCACUUCUCGACUCCUUCCUGCCCCAACAAUGCGCGCCAUCUCCAGAGAUGUCGUACCCAGUCACCCCCGAUUCCAUGCCACGCACUCCGCCACUUGAGUUGGUGCAGCUUGCGUGAGCGCGAAUCCUUUCAUGGAUGGCCGUCCAAGCUGAGGGCUUUUGGUGCGCGAAUCUCUUUUCUUCGCUUCUUAGGAUCCUCGGAUCCUCUUUUUUUUUCUUUCUGUACAUUAUUUCCUCGUCCCCUCUGGUUAUUUGGGGGUUUCUUGUUCUCGCAUU